AUGAAAAGUGAUAAAGAAAUAUUAUUUACAAUCAGAAGAUUUAAAGAAGCAAAAAUUGAAUUAAAAAAAUAUUUAAGUUGGAUUGAACAAAUCAAAGUAACAAUCAAAGAAUUAUAUUAUUUUAGUUAGAAAUGGUUUUAGCUGCUUAAUCAGAAAAACAAACUAAUUAUUUCAGAGUAUAGAGUUUUGACACUAAUAAACUUAAACAGGGUAAUUAUCCUACAAGUGAGUCUUUGACUGAAGAAGUUUAAGUUAAAUGCAAUUAAAUGACAUUUUAAUCAUAACAAUAAGAAUUAAAUCAAGAAAACGUAAGGGAGUUCAUUAAUAAAUACGAAAAAAUGCUGGUCUAAUAAGAAUAACAACAACAAACAAACCUAAAUUCUGGUUAAACAUUAUUAAUCAACAGAGAUUCUAAAUAAUAAUUCGGAACUAGUACUAUAGAAGAUAUGUUUAAACUAUCAUAAUCUUAAUAAGAUUCGUAAUAAUAGAAUCAAUUCAGUUAUGACACUUCAAACUUUGGUAAUGAUUAAAUUGGGAAGAGAAGAUAAGAGGAGAAUCUAUUUAAUAAUUUAUAAAAUUAUUCUAAAGACUAUGAAUAAGAAUGUAGUUUAUAAUCAUCUAAAUGCUUUAAAGAUUAUAUGAUGUUAUAAGAGAAAACAGACACGAAUUUGAAUUAGAAUAAAUAACAACAAAAAAAAUCUUUUGAAUAGUUUUAUCAAGAACAUGUAGAAGAAGAAAUAAACAAUAUACAAAUUGAAAUAGAAGAAAUGUAAAGGUAAUGUUAAUUUAUAAAUGUAGAUUCCUUUAGCGAGUUCAAACUGCAAAAGAUAAACUUACAAAUAGUUUUAAAGAUCUUCAAUAAAUCCCUGUUAUUAAUAGACAAAGUAGUGAGAAGUCUAUCUAAAAAGUGACAGAGGAUCUUAAAUUAAUUGAUAUUAUAAAAUAAAACAUGAUAAAACAGAUGGAAAAUAAUGUAGAUCAAGAUAAAUUGAAAAAACUGAGAAACAUGAAACAUUAAAUUUAAUUAUACUUUAAUAAUGUAGAAGAUGAACUACUAAAAAUAAAUGAAGAAGCCUCAAUUGUUUAAUGA